UAUAUAUUCUCCGUUUUGGUUUCUCAAUUUCGUAUCCAAUUUCUCUUGUUUCUUUGAAAUGGAUAAAAAUACCUUGACACAGCAAAUUGCUAACAUGAGGCAAUCUCUUCUCAAUGAGGGAACUCUGGGCUCAAACUUUGUUCAUCUGGAGCAGCUUCAAGGCCCUAAUAACCCAAACUCUCUAGAGGUGUCAGUUGGUUUGUUCUUCAGAGAUUCAGUGAACAGUAUAAAUAAAAUAGAGCGGAAGAUCGACAAUAGCCCUGUUGAUUUCUCAUCAAUCUACAGAUUGAUCCAGGAGUUAAGGGCAGAAAGCACUAGAAUAGGGGCCCCAAAAAUUACAGAGAAGGUGUAUACAGUGUGGGACGACUGCAACGAAGAUACUAUGGAAAGUUUCAAGGCAUCUCUCGAGGAGCUGAAGCUGGAGAUUGAGACCCUCAGGCGAAAGCUUGAGACUUAUUUUGCGCUGGUGAGGCAAGCCCGCCCUGCUAAUGGAGCAGGGCCUUCACGAUGAAGUUAUCACUGGAAGUAGAAAGAGUGACAAGUUGGUGGGCAUGUUGAUCUGCAAAUCCUCUAUUUUUAUCUCUAACUUAGCAAUUAAAUAAACUCCAAUGGAUCUGUUUCCUUGUGUGCUCCUUAUUUUCCCUUUUUAAUAAUUAAUUAAAGGGUUGUUUUCUCUUGGGAAACUCCUCUUAAUUGCUUUUAAGAAUAUGUAAUCUUUUAAUUCAUAUUAUAAAAUUAAGUUUGCUUUUCUA